CGACGACGACCGUGAGGCGGGGGGCGCGGCCCUCGCGCGCGCGCGCGUGUGUUUGUGUCUGUAGGUAGUGCAAGUGCGACAGUGCAGUGACCACGGUGACCACCCUGUGCACCCCACCCACGGCACCCUUCCUUUGUGCUGCCCUUCGCUGCCGGCCACCCAGCCCUCCGGCCCCACGCGCAAUCUUAUCGAGUGCAGCCAUUGCCGCAGCGCUACGCCGCCACACCGCUACGCCGCGCAUGAUGACGGCAGGUGUGCCAUAGUCGGUCCGGGCUAAGCUGCGCGCCCUCUCCAACCAGCCUGCGUGGCCCAGCUUCGGUGGCGUCGACUUGUCUUGAGGGGCAGCGCGCCAAGAGGCAGUCUUUGGACAUACCUUACCGGCUCGGACGGCUCGGCUCGGCCACAGGCGGCCGCGCGCAGGGGCGUUGUCUGCCGGCCCGCUCGGCGCUGCGCUCCGCGCCAGGCGUCAGGCCUUGCUGCCCGACUCGGCCGGCCCGGUGGAAGGGGACCACGACCACGGGGACCGAGAAGAAAGAAAGACUCGAACCAAAACAUCCAAGAUGGCGUCGGCGCUGAGCGCGCUGUGCGUGCUGCUGGCCUCCACGGCGAUCUCCUUCGCCACGGCACAGGUGCUGCCGCCACCGGGGCCCAACCGCGGCGGCAUCUACGUGCCGCCGAACCCCGGCGACGCCAACUACCGCACCUACUUCUACAACGACCGCCGCUACGGCUCGGCCAUGCCGGCCAACUACAACCCCUUCGACCCGUACGCCAGGGACCCGUUCCCCAACAGGAACCCCUUCGACAACCAGAACCCGCAGGGCGUGUUCAACCCCAACUACUUCAACCCGGACCCCAACCAGGUCAACCAGCCGGGCGGCCAGCUGCCGCUGCCCGGCGUGCUGGCCGGCUGGCGGUCGGACCUGCAGGGCAAGAUGCGGCCCGACUCGCUGACGCUGGACAAGGACGUGCACGUGCAGACGACGUACGGCCAGGUGCAGGGCUUCAAGACGUACCUGUACGACAACCCGGACCCGCUGUCCGGCUACCGGCCGGGCCUCACGCCCGUGGAGCGCGUGCAGGGCAUCGUGCACACCUUCCUGGGCAUCCCGUACGCCCAGCCGCCCGUCAACGAGGGCCGCUUCAGGCCGCCGCGGGCGCACCGAGGCUGGCAGCUGAUCCAAGCCGUGGACUUCGGCCCCGCGUGCCCGCAGCCGGUGCGGUACACUGGCGCGGCGAAGGGCGUCCGCGACAUGGACGAGGACUGCCUCUACCUCAACGUCUACUCGCGGACGACGGUGUCCGGGCUAGCGCAGAAGUUCCCCGUCAUGGUGUACAUCCACGGCGGCGAGUACUACAAGGGAGCCUCCAACACCUUCCCCGGACACGUCCUGGCCGCGUUCUACGACGUGGUGGUCGUCACCAUCAACUACCGACUGGGGGCGUUAGGCUUCCUCUGCACGGCCGACACCAACUCGCCGGGUAACUACGGCGUGCUGGACCAGGCCAUGGCCAUCAACUGGGUGUACGACAACAUCGACGCGUUCAACGGCGACCGCAAGUCCAUCACGCUGUUCGGGCCGGGCGCCGGGGCGGCGAGCGCGGGGCUGCUGAUGGUGGCGCCGCGCACCAGGGACUUGGUGACGCGCGUCAUCGCGCAGAGCGGCUCGGCGCUCUCGGACUGGGGCAUCAUCAUCGACCAGUACCGCGCCGUCAACACGUCGCGCGUCUUCGGCCAGGUCAUGGGCUGCAGCAUCGAGCCCGCCUGGAAGCUGGUGGACUGCCUGCGGCGCGGCCGCAGCGCCAUCGAGCUGGGCAACGCCGAGUUCCACCCGACCGUGGGGCCCUUCCCCUGGGGCCCAGUCCUGGACCGCAACUUCACCAAGCCGGGUGACAGCUGGUACCACGGCUGGAAGGAGCGAGACUGGCACUUCUUGAACCGAACCCCAGAGGACCUCAUCAAGCAGGGGCACUUCAACCGAGGCCUGAGUUACAUGAGUGGAGUCACUUCGCAAGAAGCAGCCUACAUCAUCUCUCAAAAUGAAAGUUUGGUCUCAGUACAUUAUGAAGUGAACGAACGAUUCAUGCAACAAAAAAUAAGAGAAAUGGUAGCUCGGUUUAAUUACACACUAAACCCUGGCGGAGUAUAUGAAGCCAUCAAAUACAUGUACACGUAUCACCCAGAUCCUCGGAAUGUAACUCAUAUACGAGAACAAUACAUUCAUAUGAUGUCUGAUUACUUGUACCGAGCUCCUAAUGAUAAAAUUGUGAAGCUUCUUGUAGAACAAAAUGUUCCAGUAUACAUGUAUGUUAUGAACACUACAGUUGAAGCUUUAAAAUUGCCUGAAUGGAGAAAAUACCCACAUGACAUAGAGCAUUUGUUUCUAACUGGUGCUCCAUUCAUGGAUGUUGAAUUUUUCCCAAAGGAAGCUGGGUACGAUCGUCUCAUGUGGACUGAAAAUGAUCGAAACAUGAGUCACUUUUUCAUGAAAGCAUUUUCUGAUUUUGCAAGAUAUGGAAAUCCUACUCACAGCCAAAUUUUAGGAUUACAUUUUGAAUUGGCCAGGCCAGGGCAAUUGAAAUACCUGAACCUGAAUACAACUUUUAAUUCAUCCAUUUAUUUAAAUUACCGUCAGACUGAGAGUGCUUUCUGGACCAUGUACCUUCCAACUGUAAUUGGUCAUUUGGUCCCUACGUAUCCCCCAACAACAGAGUGGUGGGAGCCGAGGCAACCUAUCCAAAUAGCAUUUUGGAGCGUCUCAGCAAUUUGUCUUCUGCUGAUUGUUGCUGUUGUGGCCUGUUGUAUCCUAUGGAGAAAUGCUAAAAGGCAACAAGACCGAUACUACAGUGGAGACCUGCUGAUGAUGAGGGAUGAAUCAGAAAUCACUGGUUUAGGUGCCGCUUCUGAAAAUCCAAGUCAUCUGUAUGAGUAUCGAGACACACCCUCCAUUGGUGAAAAGCAGCCUCAGGUUAAAGUUCAAAUGCAUACUCGCCCAGUCCCUGCAGAGCCCACCAAGGCAGCUUCUGUCAGGACAGGAAGUAAUCAAUCAUUAAAAGACGCUAUAAAUGGUUUCCCAUCGGGUGAGUCACGCAUUGAAGCAAGACCUCCUUUACCUCAACCAGUGGCCGCGGUCCCAGUACCAACCACAAGACCAAGAGGCACAUUAAGCAGAACUCAUUUAGAGGGUGGUAUUCCUCAAACAGAGGUAUGAAACGUGGUACCUAGUUCUAUCAAAUUGUUACCUGAUAAAAUUUACAUUUUUGGUGAAUUUUACUUUAAGUCAUUAUUUAUGAGCAGGAUUUGCCUGAUGUUAUAUGAUGAAAUAUUCUAUCUCAUUAGAUAGGUACUUUGGAAAUUAUUUCUGUUAUUAUACCAGUCAAACAUUGUGUGUCGCAUCUGUCUUGAAAACAAGAGAACUUUCUAUGAGAUUUUUGUGCAUUUCAGAGAGGCACUCCCUUUUAUUGCAUGUUGCUCAUUUUUGGUGUGUCUUUUAAGCAUCAUGUGUUAGUAAGAAGUGUAAGUAAAUGGGCUUUAUGUAUAGAUUAUCACUGCCACAUGUAUUGAUCUCUCAUUUUUGUAUGUUAUUAUUCAUUGUUAUGUAUGAAAUCAAGUACUAAUCUAUAGUACUAGUAAUAUGAGGAAGAAAUUUGCCCCUUCUCGUUGUGCCUUGAUAGAUCAAUUGUCUGAAUCCUCCACUUUUUCCAAGUUUUGGCAAAAUUUCCCUUAAUGCUUGUUGGACUAAAGGUGGAUAUGAUUACUAUCAGUACUGAAAAAACUAUUUUUCACUGAGAUGCUCCAAUGUUGUGCCAUACAGAACUUUUUUACACCAACCAGAUGUUUUAUAUGCCCGUUUUUUCCCUACAGUAAUUGUGAUUCAAAGACUUUUAAAGAAGCCAUAUUGUUUACAUCCAUGACUUUCUAUUUUGAUAAGCUGGGUUCUUAAAACAUCAUUCCGUUCUGUGAAGGUAAAUAAUCUAGUUCUGAUUCCUUGCCAGUAUUGAACAUUUCUGUCAUAUUCUGAUCUACUGAGACUUUGGUUUGCCCUUGGACAUAUUCUAUCCAUGCCUUGAAUCUAAGUAUCUAGGAAUCUAGGUAAUUUUGGCUUUAGAUGCCAUGUACUUUUUGAGUCAUUUGUGUAUGCUUUAAUAUAUGUGUGUGUUAGUGUGUGUCUGUGAGUGUGUAUGUGUGUGCGCAUGUGUGUGCACUUGCACCAUGAAUGAUUUUAAACCAUCUGUAAAGUGACGAUUGAAAUCAUUAUUUUACCAGUAUUGAAGAUUAUUAGAAAGUUAGUAUUUUUUAAUAUUUUAUUUAUGUACAUUGUAUAUUAAGAUUUAAUAUUUAUACAUGUGCUAUGUGUCCCUGUCUUAUGCCGUCCAUUCGUUUGUCAAUAAAUGUUUAUGUCCUCUUCAUAUGUAAAUAUAGAUGUUUAAUGUUAGUUAUAUUUUAAUGUUUCGAACCUAGUGAGUAAGGCAAAAUUGUGUCCGAAAGAUAGAUGCUACUGGUUUAACUUUUCAGUUUUUCAUCGGUUUAUUCUUUAUAUUGUGCAGUAGAAAAACUUAGCCAUAUGUCAUAAAGAUAAAGAACUUUCUUGACUCACCUGGUCAUUGGUGUCAUGCAUUGACACUCUCCAUGAAAUUAUUUGCUUUCUCUUUCAUGAAGAUGCUCCUCCUUAUUUAUUUGCGGGAACUGUGUUUGGUAUACUUAAUUUGAUUUGUAUAUUUUGCAGCUAUUGAAUCUGUCGAAAAUGUACAUUUUAUUGUAUUGAAUGUAAAGAAACAUAAUUUUAUACUUGAUAAGGUAGAAUCUGUAACACUUGUCUAUAAAAAUAAACAGUCAAAAUCCUGUUUUCA